AUGGGAAUUUCAAUUCCAGCUCUUUGUUACAGGAAAAGAACUGUUGGGCCAUAUAGAUUGGGCCAUAUAGAUGGAAGUGAUCCAGCUCUUAAAGAUGCUAAGGAGUUGCUUCAUUGGAAAGUUAGAGAUGCAAGAGUAAUGACAUGGAUUCUGGGGUCAGUUGACCCUCUUAUUGCUUCUAAUUUGAGGUCUUCUAAAACUGCAAAGGCCAUGUGGGAUUACUUGAAAAAGGUUUAUAAUCAAGACAAUGCUGCAAGACAUUUUCAAUUGGAGAGCGAUAUUGCUAAUUAUUCCCAAGGAAAUCUCUCCAUUGAGGAAUAUUAUUCUGGUUUUCAGAAUUUAUGGGCUGAGUUUACUGACACUAUUUAUGCUAAAAUAUUUGUUUUGGCGAAUUACUUCGCGAAGAACAACAUUUUCUCACUCAGAACUCUCUCCAACAAGAAAAUACUGUCUCACAAGAAAAUAACUGUCAAAGGUUGCCUUUUUGCUGCCCAAGAAGAGGAAAGGGUCCCGGGGAACAUGAGUAGAAUCAAUGUUAUAACUGCAAAAAAUUAUGGCCAUAUUGCUGCCAAUUGUGGAAAGAAGUUUUGUAAUUAUUGCAAAUUGUCAGGACAUGUCAUAAAGGAGUGUCCGACACGGCCUCAAAAUCGAAAAUCGAAUGCUGCCCCAAUUGCACCAAAUAAUCUCACUCAUUUUGUUGCUUCAACGGUUUCUACAACUCCCUCUUCAGCUGCUGAACCUGUGAUUCUUACUCCAGAAAUGGUACAACAAAUGAUCAUUUCAGCCUUCUCCGCCUUGGGACUACAAGGUAAUGAUACCCCUUCCUCCUCUCAACUUUGGCUUGUUGAUUCUGCUGCCUCAAAUCAUAUGACAAACACAUCUAGCAUGCUUACCAAUGUUUGCAAAUAUCACGGUUCAACUGAAAUUCACCAAUGUUCGCAAAUAUCAUGGUUCAACUGA